AUUAAGAGCUAUGGUGCAAAAAAUUUCUAGUCAAAGAACAAGAUGUACAUAAUCGCCUCCCUGAACUGUUUUCUUCCAUGAUACGAGGCGACUCCCUUUUUUCUUCUAAGUUUCUUGUGUCCUUGUGUCCUCUAUCCACGACCGCGGUUCUUUCCACACUAUGGGGACACUGCCAUGGGCGCAACUGCGCGCUAUCCCAUACCGAAUGAAAAGUCGCAGUCCUUACCUGACUCUAGCCGUCGUAUGUACGGCGAUGUUUCUGGACCUCGCCAAUCUAAGUGCCAUCACUAUUGCCCUCCCGACGAUACAGAAGGAGUGGGGCACGACCGAGGGCGAUCUGCAAUGGAUUAUCUCUGCCUAUUCGAUCACGUUCGGAGCAUUUCUUCUAUUAGGAGGCCGAGGGGGGGACUUGUUUGGUCACCACCGUGUUCUUCUAUUCGGCAUGUCAUUUUUUGCACUAUUCACCAUGGUUUGUGGGCUCGCCCCCAACUUCAUUGGCUUGGUCGUGGCCAGGGCCCUGCAGGGCAUUGGCGCUGCUUUUACGAUUCCCUCCGCGCAGGCCCAUAUUGCUGUGUGCUUCCCCGAGCCAGCAAAGAAAGCCCAGGCCCUGGGCUUCUGGGGAGUAUCAGGUUCCCUUGGCUUCAUUAUUGGUCUUAUCUUGGGUGGUGUCUUGACGGCAUAUGUUGGUUGGCGAUGGAUCUUUUGGAUAUCUCUCAUCUUGUCCGGUGUCAUCAUCCCCGCGGCAUUUUUCAUCCUCCCACGACCUGAUCGCCCACCUGCCGAUGCCGCAGCGUCCCCCGACGACGCGUUGGAGGCAGGGCAACGCGAGGCCCAUACCAACAGCCUGGCCGCAGUCUUCCGGAGAAUAGUCCACCGCUUCGAUCCGCUGGGCAUUGCACUGAGUGUGGCGGGAAUUCUGCUCCUCACCUACGCGCUCACGUCUGCAAAUACCGAAGGAUGGGGAAGUGCACGCAUUGUUGCCCCGCUGGUCAUUUCAGUGGUCUUACUAGGCUUAUUCGUAUUCCACGAGUAUCGGACCAGCAACGGUAUUGUUGCACCGCACCUUUUCCGCUCCACCUCCUUUAACCUCACUCUCGUGCUGGCCGUGAACACGUAUGCCGUCCGCCAGGCUUGCACCUACUUCCUAACCCUCCAGCUCCAGUCCUACGGGAACAGUGCGAUCCACACCUCGGUCCUCUUCAUAGCUCUGGGAGUGAGUGCUCUCAUCUUCAAUACGCUGUCCGGUCGAUUAGUGCCCAUUCUCGGUGCACGUCUUAUGUUUAUCUUGGGCUGGGGCUUCUCCAUUCCUGGUGUGCUCCUCUUUUCCUUCAUUGACCAUGAUACGUCAUACUGGCGGUACACCUUUCCCGGGAUGAUCCUCUAUAUUGCCGGAAUAGGUGCGGUAUAUAUCACGGCCAAUUUCGUCAUUGUUUCCUCCGCAUCUCGAGCCGACCAGGGCGCUGUUGCGGGGAUGUUCAACCUGGCACUCCAGGUAGGCGGCUCGGUUCUCGGUCUGGCUGUCAUCACGGCCAUUGCACAGGGUAUCCAGCGACGAUACGGUGACCCAUCUCUCCCGAAGGACGCGUACGGCCGCAUCGGCUACCAGAGUGCCUAUUAUAGUUGUGUCAUUUUGUGUUUUGUUGCCCUAUUGCUCAGUGUGUUCGCAAUUGAUAUCCCACCGAGUAUGAAGGGGACGGUGUGGAAGAGAUUUCAGAAAGAGCGCCCAUCUUCGAUUGAGGAGAAGUGAGAUUAAUGAGAGACAGUAUGCUGGGGUUUAAAGACCAGCUAAAGGAUGAUGGGUUAAGACGGACGGACUGUGGUUGAAAAGCGUGGAGUAGUGUGUGCAAAUAGAAACCCUUCGUAACGCAUUAAUUUAUUGGCGCUUAACUCCUUAUUAUUACCGUAGGGGUGCUUGGCCUAUCAAACAUCGGCCCCCACCGCUGGACUAUUUAUCAAUAAAGCUCAGGUGCACUCAAUCCGUGUCUCUCAUGAUAUAUUCAUCAUAUCGUCGUCCAUGGUCUAUCUAGAUGGGGAGCUGCGUUGACCGGGUUGCGGCGGGAACUAA